AUGGCCAACAACCACCGACUCAACGACCCUCGCCCGUUCGUGCAGGAAAAGGGCGGCUUCGCAACCCAACAGCUCUCCUCGUUGGCCCAUACGCCUGCUGGCCGGCCCUCGGGCAUCAUGUCUUCUAUAACGUCCAUGCUAGGCCUACACGCCGGCGCCGGCUGCCACGCGCCCUACUACCUCAUCGGCAAUUUCGUCUUCGCGCACUUCAUCCUCGUUCCUCGGAGCUUCAAGCAAUACUACGGCAUCGACCACAACCACGCCCCACGCGACGACAUCGCCAAGUACGGCGACGCGGCCGUGCAGUCGGGCAAAAUCACGCAGCGCCAGCUGAACCUCAUCAAGCGCUCCUCGGCCGCGCACUCAAACCGCGUCGAAAACUACUCGAUCUUCGCGGCCGCAGCAGUGUUGGCCGUCGCGGCGGGUGUGCCCAACGACGUCAUCAACGCGAACUGUCUGCUGUACUCGGUGGCCAGUGUGGCCUACGGGGCGUGCUACGUGCUGAUUGAGACGACGCCGUUGAGUCUGUUGCGCACGCUGUCCUGGUAUGCUGGGGGUUGGGCCUGCGUCAGGCUGUUUUGGAAGGCGGGGGAGGCGUUGAAUCGCCGUUGA